CAGCAAUUUUCACAAUGGCUAACUCAUUAGAACAAUUAAAAGCUACCGGUACUGUUAUCGUCACCGACACCGGUGAAUUCGAAUCAAUUGCCAAAUAUACUCCACAAGAUGCUACCACCAACCCAUCUUUGAUCUUGGCUGCCGCAAAGAAGCCAGAAUACGCCAAGUUGAUUGAUGUGGCUAUUGAAUACGCCAAGGACAAGGGUACCACCAAGUCCGAAAAGGCUGCUGCUGCUUUAGACAGGUUAUUGGUUGAAUUCGGUAAGGAAAUCUUGAAUAUUGUUCCAGGUAGAGUUUCCACCGAAGUUGACGCUCAAUUGUCUUUUGACAAGCAAGCUACUAUUGACAAGGCUCUUGAAAUCAUCAAGUUGUAUGAAUCAAUUGGUAUCAAGAAGGACAGAAUCUUGAUCAAGAUUGCUUCUACUUGGGAAGGUAUUCAAGCCGCCAAGGAAUUGGAAGCCAAAUAUGAUAUCCACUGUAACUUGACCUUGUUAUUUUCCUUUGCUCAAGCUGUUGCUUGUGCUGAAGCUAAGGUUACCUUGAUUUCUCCCUUCGUUGGUAGAAUCUUGGACUGGUACAAGGCCUCUACUGGACAAACUUACACCCAAGAAACCGACCCAGGUGUGGUUUCUGUGAAGAAGAUCUUCAACUACUACAAGAAGUAUGGCUACAACACUAUUGUCAUGGGUGCUUCCUUCAGAAACACUGGUGAAAUCAAGGAAUUGGCUGGUUGUGACUACUUGACUGUUGCUCCAAAGUUGUUGGAAGAAUUGGUCAACUCUGAUGAGGCUAUUCCAAAGAAAUUGGACGCUGCUUCUGCUAAAUCUUCUUCUGAUGAGAAGGUUUCUUUCAUCGAUAGCGAAUCUGCUUUCAGAUUCGCUUUGAAUGAAGAUCCUAUGGCCACUGAAAAGUUGGCCCACGGUAUCAGAAGUUUUGCUGCUGAUGCUAAGACUUUGUUGGCCCAAUUGGAAGAAAGAUUCUAAAUGUGUAUGUACGUGAACAAGCCAAUAUAUUAGUAAAACAUGUUUUCCAUUU